CGCAGUACCGGACACGCGCGCCGCCGCCGGGCCGCAGCUAUGGGUCUGGGCGUCAGCGCCGAGCAGCCCGCGGGCGGCGCCGAGGGCUUCCAUCUGCACGGGGUGCAGGAGAACUCCCCAGCCCAGCAGGCAGGCCUGGAACCCUACUUUGAUUUCAUCAUCACCAUCGGGCACUCGAGGCUGAACAAGGAGAAUGACACACUGAAGGCCCUGCUGAAGGCCAAUGUGGAGAAGCCCGUGAAGCUGGAGGUGUUCAACAUGAAGACCAUGAAGGUGCGCGAGGUGGAGGUGGUGCCCAGCAACAUGUGGGGCGGCCAGGGCCUGCUGGGGGCCAGCGUACGCUUCUGCAGCUUCCGCAGGGCCAGCGAGCACGUGUGGCACGUGCUGGACGUGGAACCCUCUUCACCUGCCUCCCUUGCUGGCCUGCGCCCAUACACAGACUAUGUGGUUGGCUCAGACCAGAUCCUCCAGGAGUCCGAGGACUUCUUUACGCUCAUCGAGUCCCACGAGGGGAAGCCCCUGAAGCUGAUGGUUUACAACUCCGAGUCCGACUCCUGCCGGGAGGUGACUGUAACUCCCAACGCAGCCUGGGGUGGAGAGGGCAGUCUGGGGUGUGGUAUUGGCUACGGGUAUCUGCACCGGAUCCCAACGCAGCCUCCCAGCCACCACAAGAAGCCACCUGACGCCCCGCCACCUGAUGCCCUGCCGCCUGAUGUCUCACCAUCUGGUGCCGCGCCACCUGGUGCCCCGCCACCUGACGCCCCGCCACCUGACGCCCCUCCUCCUGACGCCCCGCCUCCUGAUGCCCUGCCUCCUGGACCCACCCCUCAGGACUCUCCUGCCUCUUCAGGCCUGGAGACAGGCUCCAGGCAGGAUGACUACACGCAGGCCCUGCUGCAGGCACCUGGCUCCUUCAUGGAGGGACAGUUUUCUGAGCCUGGGAGUCCCAGCUGUGGUGCUCCAGACCUUGGGGGAUUUCCACAUCUCAUGGAGACACCUCUUCAACCUCCACCUCCAGUGCAGCGUGUCAUGGACCCAGGCUUCCUGGAUGUGUCAGGUAUCUCCCUCUUGGACAGCAGCAAUGCCAGUGUCUGGCCCGGCCUGCCCUCUGCCACAGAGCUGACAUCCAUGGGUCUCUCAGCCUCUGGCCCUGAGGACGUCUCCAGCAGCGGUUCUCACGAGCGUGGUGGUGAGGCCACAUGGUCCGGAUCAGAGUUUGAGGUCUCCUUCCCGGACAGCCCAGGCACCCAGGCACAACCAGACCACCUGCCUCAGCUAACUCUUCCCGACAGCCUUAUCUCGGCAGCCUCACCGGAAGACGGCCUGUCGGCUGAGCUGCUCGAAGCGCAGGCUGAGGACGAGCCGGCAAGCACAGAGAGCCCAGAGUUCGGGGCGGAGGCUGAGGGGGCAGGCGGCCAGGCCCUGCUCUCUAUCCCUGAAUAACGCCCUAGGCUGUCCAGGUCCCUGAUGGCAUUUCGUGAGGCUGGAUGGGGGGAAGCCGCUUAGGCCGCACUAUGCAGCUCAGCCCCUUGCCUGAUCCCAGCCCAGUGUGUGCAGCUUCCUAGGCAGCGGCUCCCCGUUGUGCAGGGACUUCUGCAGCCCGGGAGCUCAUGUGUGCCCAUAGCCGCUGCCGGUGUCCAAGAGAUGACCUUCCAGCAUUGAUUCUGCCUGGUGGUCCUGGCUUUGGGGAGUCGGGCACUUGUUUGAGAGUCUCAGACAAGUCCUUUUGGGGUGGUGGGGAGCUGGGAGCAGCACCCAGAUUAAGUUUUGCAGGAGCUGGGGUAGGAGAGGAAAAGGACUACUCUGCUGCUUGGGUGGGGCAGAGAGCCUCCGUGGGUAGGAAGAGGAGACCAUCGGCAAGAACAUCCUUAGGCCACGUUGUACCCUUACGUCCAGUGCUUGCUCCUGCUGUGGUCACUAUGGCUGCCCAGGCAGCAGCAGAGUCCACACAGGGUCAGGUGUGAAGGAGGAAGGAGGAUUGAAGGGUGGAGUGGAGGAGGAAGGGAUAGGUCUGGAGUAUUUGCCUACAACUUGCUAGGGCUUGCCUUGAUUCUUCUUGUACAGCUCAGCUAGCCCCGUGUGUACUCGAAGGCAGCCCCACGCCUUGGGGACCCCUGAGGCCCCAGUUACCAUCUCUUCUAGAAGUCUCGUAUCCUCAUCUCUGCUACACUGCAUAGCUGGCUCAGGCUGACUGACAUCUGCCAGUAACAGCUGGAGGAGAGAAGCAGUGAACUUGUCCAUCUCUCCUGGGGGAGGAGGGAAAUUCUAGCCCUGUCAGCAGAGACUCACUUGUUCUUGGACCAUGAUGUCUCUUUUUCCCCAGGGCCUACACCCCACAGACCCAGUAUCCCUAGUGGUGACUCCUGUCAGCUCCCAAACUUAUACAACCAUCUCUUCUAAAUAUACAAGGCAUCCAGGCUGCCCUAGUAGAAUACAGAUUGCAAAUUUAAAUUCAACGACCUAAGCAGACUCAAAGCCAGUCCUGACUGGACUUCUUGAACACAGCUCCCACCCUAAGCGGAAUGAGGGCCUGGACAAUGCACUAUGACUGCAUUUGAAGCAAGCCCUCGUCAAGCCUGUCGUGGCAGCUGAUAAGCCUGCCGAACAGGGAGGAGGUGUGUCCAAAGCCAGGUCUGGAGCUGGGUUCUGGGAUUUUCUGGGAGCCGUGUCUGCCUGUAGGAAUCCAAGAAGUAGAAGAGAAUCACCACAGGAUGUUUGGAGGCCAGCUUCCCUGAACUGCAGCCUGGUAGUCUGGCGUGACAUCCCCCUCACCCUAGGAUUCUGGCUCUUCCUCUCUCACUUUUAUAUACUCCCCACCCUGACCAGGGGGAUAAAAUGGGUACUGACGUUGAUGACUGUCAGGGUAAACAUGGAACCAGAAGUUUCUCUGUAAUCUGCUAUGAAGGAAAAUGACAAGUGAAAGAAAUAAAGGUGUACUACACUUUGAAA